AUGUCGCUCGAGUCGGUCAUCGCAGACACCCUCAAGAAGAUCCCGCUACCACGCUCUCAACAAGACCGGUUUCAUGUUGCGCUCGGCACAGCCGCCGUGGUGGGGGGUCUUUUGCUCCUCCCAUCCGUCUAUCGCGACUACCGAAUCUUCAAGAACUACGGAAAUGGUGGGGUUCCAAAUAAUCUCUUGGGGUGGAUGACGGUGCGGGCGCUGUUCCAGCCCUUUGGCCGUGAAAUGCUCAGCACGGAGGUGUAUGUGCAGCGGAUUGACGCGACAGACGGGCAUGGCAAGGGCCAUGAUGGAUAUUUGACUCUGUCAGAGGAACAAUUGGCAUCGCGCAAAGGAGACGGCAGACCCGAGGUCGGUCCGCAUGUGGUGCCACAGAGACAGUUGACUCAGAUCCCUGACGAGGAUAUCAUGGAGAGAUUCCACUCGCGAUUUACAUCCUUUGGCUUGCGUAAUCACCAUCUCGUCAAGUUUCAACAGUCGAACCUUGAAAGCCAUUCAGACGCGUUAUUUCUUGCCAACCACCUCCCCAUUACCGAUCUAGCCACCUGUAUGCAGGGGGAGAUUGCGCAUGUACACACUGACCAUGAUUACUCGGUUCAUGCAGUCAUGGCUCCCGCCGAUUGCAAAAAAAUCAUCGAAGCCGGCUGGGGUCAACGACAUGCGUUCUCAGGUACAUCGGCCAUGACGUUCCUCAGUCUCGGCACGAUACCCAAUAUUCCAUCCGAGUAUCUCCUCAUUUAUGCACCCCGGACCGAGGCUGAGAUUGAGGUUGUCAUGGAAAUCAUCUCCGCCUCGAUCAAGUUCAUGACCGGGCGGGAAGACGUUCGGUAG